CGUCGUCGUUGCCUGGAUGAUGUCCUGCCGCGUGGGUGGUCUGUGCUCCGAGCGUGAGCCUGUGUGGGGGAAUUUUUCGAAGCAGCAGCGGUAAAAGUUUGCGGCAUCGUAGAGUGUGAUCCUCGUCCUCUUCCCCACACGGCCACCCAUGCACCAUGCCCACACGAGAGCUGAUCCACCUCUCCUUCGGCUCCUUCUCCGCACACUUCUCCACCCAUCACUUCAAUGCCCAGACGGGCUACUUUGACUAUUCUCCCUCGGCUCCACAGCCUCUGGUGGAUCACGACGUCUCCUGGGAAGAGGGACUGGAUGGCAGGGGCGUACAGAGGUAUACCCCCAGGUGGCUCGUCUUUGAUGUCAGGAGCGGCUUCCAGGGCUUGAGGAGGCAGGAGGUCUCAGAGGCGCAGGCGGAUCAACAAGGAGACGAAUACGACGACGACAAUGCAGCAGCGAAGCUUGCUGUGGGGCACCACAGCAGCUGGCUAUCUGCUCCUCAAGUCGUACGGACGCAGAACAGGGUCCCACACACUCCCUUUCGGCGCAUUGCCCAAAGGGAAAGCAACGGCGAGGAUCUGGAUUGGGAACAUGAGAUGGAGGCACUAAUGGCUUCUGACCAAGACGAAGACACGCAAGAAGAGGAGCAUGACACCUCCAGACGAGAUCUCCCCACCUCUGCCACUACAGCAGUCUCCAAUCGUCAAGGUCAACUCACCUCUUCUUCGCGUCACUCUGCUCAAGCCCAGGCCAAGCCAUGGUCAAGCAGGCUCCUCUUCGACUCCCACCCGCGCUCAUUGGUCCCAGUGACGGCGGCAGGCGGACUGCCCCUGGCUAGCAUGGCAUCGAAUGGCGAAUCACGUUCGGACGAAGGAGUGGAAGUCUUUGAGAGCUUCGAGCAGGGCUGGGCGAGAGCGAAAGCGUGGGAUCGGGACAAUGAUACUCUGGACACAUCCUUCCGUUCGAUGCUAGAGGCCUCUGAUCACCCUCAGGGUUUCAAUUUUGCCUUGCAAACUUCAGAUGCGUGGAGUGGAUUUUCAGCGUGGCACCUCGAGGAGCUGGCGGAUGAGUACCCCAAGUUGGAUAGAUUGACAUGGGCCAUGAGGUGGGGCAAGGGAAUCGGCGAUGUCGCGCCUGGAGAGGAUGAUAGUCUGGACGAAGCUGAACUGCGACUCGCCAGAACAAGAGCGAUGAACGAAUCUCUCUCUCUUUUGCUCACUACCGAAGCAUCUUCUUUGUACACGCCUUUGGCUCUUCCGCAAUGGUCUGGGAAAGAGGAAGUCCCCAUCUGGGCUCAGCAUCUUCGUCAGGAUAGGCGAAGUCGAAUUUUGAGUGACGAAGGCUACGCAAGCGCCUUGCUUGCUAGCCAAUUCGAGACUGCGACGCUGGGUAUGCGGUUACGAGACGCUCCAACAUCCGCCUCCUCCCUUGUUUCUCAUCUCACUUGGCGAGGCGACACACCCAUAGCCUGCUUGGGUGGCUGUCUCCCCACCCCACUCCUAGCCCCUCUGCAAAGCUCACUCGGUGCGCAGCCUUUCGAUCCCAUUGAGGCGCUCCUAGCUGCGAGAGGAUACAAUCCUAGACCGAAUCAAGAUCGCAAGCGUCACAUUGCGCGCUUUGACCCAGUAGAAGUGGCCAGUACUGGAGCACAGGCAAUUGCCAAGCACUGGGCUAGCUACUCGAGCGCAAGACCCGUGAAGCUGCAGGGCGUCGAGACCAGGAAGAGCAGACUCACUGGCACCAGUAGGAGUAAGGGCGACUCAUUCACCAAGCCCUACGCUGUGCAUAGCGUGGCCAGAGAUGGACAGGAGGGAGCAAAGGCUGUCACGGAAGCUUGUAUGCAAGAGUACCUCACGGGCAAUGGGCAGGGCAAGUUGGGCAUGGAGGAGCCUUGGGGUCGCAGCCUGUUUGCUCCCCUCUCACAGCCGCUUCCUCCCUCCUUUCCACGAGUCCUGCAGGGCCUCAGCGCAGACGGUCGUCCCUUGCCUCCCUCCGCGUCAGCAGAGAUACAACGACUCCGGCCACGCUCUCUACCCCAGCUCAGCACACUUAGCACCACCCCUUCCUCCCUUUCGCAUAUCCAUCACGCCCAUCACGUCCUCAUGAUUGCACUUCGCUCCCACGCGCCACUUUCUGCAUAUGGUCUGACUGCUCCUGGUGGGACAGGUGGGGCGGGCCAAGCUGCUAACGAGGAAGGAGAAGGACGCAUUGGAGGGAGAGAUGGAUUGAAGGAAUUGCUGGAGAGGGUCGAGGACUUGAGAGGAGCUUACGAGGCGGAGCGUGGGGCCGACGGAGGAUACAGGUCGGGCGAUGAAGAAGACCAUGGACAGGGAACUGACGAGGACUGGGAAGCGACGGAGCAGGCGGAUGGGGAUGAUGAUUUGUUCGAUUGGGAUUAGAGGCCAAUUUCAGAUUGCGGCGUGUCACAAGGAGAGGCAGAACAUCUAUCUGUUGUGG